UCGGACCAGCAAGUCAGGCACCUCCCCACUCCCCGGCAGAGAACCCAGGGGUGCCCGCCUCCUCUCACCCGCUCACCCCUGAGGCCCCAGGCCAGACACCUCCCCUGCACUCAACAUGUCCUGGUUGUGCUUCUUGGCCUUCUCCCUUGCCACCGUGUCUGCUGCGGGGGUGUCACCGAGGAUGGUCCUACCUUCCCAGGGCCGCCAUGCCACCACGGGGGGAGAGGCCCCGCGGCUACGACUCAGGAGGGGCACCAAAGAUGACGAAGCCAAGGGGGUCCAGCAGUAUGUGCCAGGGGUGCAAGUGGAAUACCCUCGGCCCAUUCACCCCAUCGGGCUGUUGCCCACCAAGUCCCUGAUGCUCAAUGGCACUGACCCAUCUCAGAGUGAGGGCACCUGGGGAAACGGGCAGAGGCUCCUGGGAAACCUGUCAGGCUCCCCAGGUCGGAGGCUGCAGAUCCAGAACCCGCUGUACCCGGUGACAGAGAGCUCUUACAGUGCCUACGCUGUCAUGCUCCUGGCCCUGGUGGUGUUUGCUGUGGGCAUCGUGGGCAACCUGUCGGUCAUGUGCGUUGUGUGGCACAGCUACUACCUGAAGAGCGCCUGGAACUCCAUCCUUGCCAGUCUGGCCCUCUGGGACUUCCUGGUUCUUUUCUUCUGCCUGCCAGUCGUCAUCUUCAAUGAAAUCACCAAGUGGAGACUGCUGGGUGACGUAUCCUGCCGGGCUGUGCCCUUCAUGGAGGUUUCCUCUCUCGGGGUCACCACGUUCAGCCUGUGUGCCCUGGGCAUCGAUCGCUUCCACGCCGCCACCAGCCCACUGGCCAAGACCCGGCCAAUCGAACGCUGCCAGUCCAUCCUGGCCAAGCUGGCGGUCAUCUGGGUGGGCUCCAUGACCCUAGCAGUGCCCGAGCUCUUGCUGUGGCAGCUGGCCCAGGAGACGUCGCCGGCGACGGGUGCCGCGGCGGACUCCUGCGUCAUGAAGCCUUCCUCCGGGCUCCCCGACUCCGUCUACUCCUUGGUGUUGACGUACCAGAAUGCCCGCAUGUGGUGGAAUUUUGGCUGCUAUUUCUGCUUGCCCAUCCUCUUCACCGUCACCUGCCAGUUGGUGACCCACAGGAUCCGCAGCUCGGAGAAGAAGCCAGAGUGCCGGGCCGCUAAGCACGGCCAGUGUGAGGCCCAGCUGGACAGCACGGUGGUGGGGCUGACGGUGGUGUACGGCCUGUGCACCCUCCCGGAGAACGUCUGCAACAUCGUGGUGGCCUACCUGUCUCCGGAGCUGUCCAAGCCGACGCUGGAACUCCUCGACCUCAUCAACCAGUUUUCUAUCUUCUUCAAGGGCUCCAUCACCCCCGUGCUCCUCCUGUGCCUCUGCAAGCCGCUGGGCCAGGCCUUCAUGGACUGCUGCUGUUGCUGCUGCUGCUGCUGUGAGGAGUGUGGGCCGAGCGAAGCCUCCUCGGGCGCUGGCUCGGACAGCAAGCUGAAGACAGAAAUGUCGUCCUCCAUCUACUUCCACAAGCCCAGGGAGUCGCCCCCGCUGCCAGGGCUGGGCACGCCCUGCUGAGGCCUGGCUUGGGUGGGCCGGCCUGGGGUCCUUCAGCAGGCCCCAAGCCGAGCCGGUUUGGUCCUGCCUCUCCGCCCAGACAGGGACUGGACUCACCUUGUCCCAAAGUCUCUGGGUGUGGGUUUUGGGAUGUGAUGGCCCCUUUCUUCACCCCGAGCCCUCCUGGGUCUUCGGGGCCUCUUCCGUUCUGUCCUGCCCUUGUAGUCCCGGCCCCAUCUAGUAGCUUUGCCCUCCUCUGCCCAGCUCCCGGGCCCCGAUGCUUCCUCCAUGAGCCUCGGCUCCCCCGCAUCCUGCCCCAUCCUCUCUGCCUUCCCAUCCAGGGGUCCAAUCUGGGAAAGGGAGAUCCCGUUGACAGGGCGGAGGGCCUCUUGGCAGGUUACAACCCAACCCAUGUGGCCCUCCUCUCCUGUUAAGGCUCCACCCCUUGCCCUCUCUCUCCCACCUGCCUCAUCUCUCUGUUUCCUCCCAGAAUCCCACCCUAUCAAGAUCCUGUCCUGAGCGUGGCCCCGUAGGAGACACUGUUGUCUGAAAAACCAAUAAAUUAGGUAGCACUACAUGC